ACGGCAAGCAAACACAGAUAGUCCAGAGCAGCAUACACAUUGAUAAAGCUCACACCCACCACUCGCACUCCUCUCGUUUCAUCUUAUAACGUUCUUCAAUCUCUCAAUCUCGUUUUCCUCUCACCAAAAUCAUGCUCUGAAACAAAAAACCAAAGAAACUUAAAAAAAAAAACUUAUAAAGCUCUUCACCUUUCUCUCCAUUUUAACCAAAUCACACAAAAACUCACUCUCUCUCUCUCUCUCUAGAUGAUACCCACAACAACAACUCACGACGUUCCCUGGAUGGAACCACAACACACAACAUGGACCUACAACAACAGCAUUGGUGACCCCAUAAACGACGACGUUUCAACGAUGGGUGGUGAUGGCCAUUUUCCUCCCUUCAAAUCCACGCUGGAAGGUGACUGGUACAUGAAUCCACCGCACCAUGAGGAGCUUCUGCAAAACCAGACGCAACACACCACCGACAUUACUUUCCCAAACACUGGUUUUCUCAUGGAUUCAUCUUCCUUCACCCUCGACCCUUCAUCACACCACUCACAAUCCUUUUUGCCUCCGAAAUCAGACUUCUCCUCUUUCUUCAGCACCACCAUAAGUAGCAACAACAACAACAGUGACAACCCUUUUGGCAAUGCCUUCAAUUUGGGCUCGCAUGGCGGUUCCAUCGCUUCCAAUUCCCCUAUUUUCUUCUCGCCCCAAAUGGGCAGCACGGUCCCCGAGUUGAGUUCGAACCCCGAUUUCACUGCAACCCGUGUCGUCGAACUCAGUGGCGGGUUUGUCCCAAUAAGUGUAGAACAAGAACAAGCCUUUGACGGUUCUGGGCCUCAUAAUGCUUUGUUUUCGAACAAGGCUAAUGUUUUGAGGCCUCUCGAGGCUCUUCCUCCGGUGGGUGCGUCACCGACCUUGCUCCAGAAGCGGGCAGCGCGCUCAGGCGUUGGCGGUGGAGUCUUGGUGGUUUCUACGCCACCGAGGUUUGCCGGCUUUUCAGCUGGGUUGAACUCAGAAGAGGGAGAUGUUGAGGAAGAGUUGAAUUAUGAAUUUGAUGAAAUUUUUGAUAUUGGAAAGUUGGAGGAGAAUGAGAAUGAUGGGGGCAACAAUUUUUAUUCAAAUAACAAUAUUGAUGCUAAUAAUCAUAAUAGUGAUAACGGUAUGACUGGUGGAGACCAUAAAGGCAGGAAGAAGGGGAUUCCGGCGAAGAAUCUCAUGGCUGAGUGGCGGCGCAGGAAGAAACUCAAUGAUAGGUUGUACAUGCUUCGGUUUGUUGUGUCAAGGAUUAGCAAGAUGGAUAGAGCUUCAAUACUUGGGGAUGCAAUUGACUACUUGAAGGAGUUACUUCAACAGAUUAGUGACCUUCAUAAUGAGCUAGAGUCAAGCUCUCCUGGCUCAUAUUUGCCACCUGCAAGCUUUCACCCUUUGACACCCACUCUGCAAACCCUUCCCUCUCGAGUGAAGGAAGAACCAGUGCCAAGUCCGAAAAACCACUCAGCAAAGGUGGAGGUAAGGGUAAGGGAAGGAAGGGAUGUGAAUAUCCAUAUGUUUUGUGCCCGCAGACCAGGUCUUUUGCUUUCCACCAUGAGGGCAUUGGAUAACCUUGGAUUGGAUGUUCAACAAGUUGUUAUCAGUUGUUUCAAUGGUUUUGCUUUAGAUGUGUUCAGAGCUGAGCAAUGCAGAGAAGGCCAAGAUGUCCUCCCUGAGCAAAUUAAAACAGUAUUGUUGAAUAUAGCAGGUUUCAAUGGUAUGAUGUGAGUGAAAUUCUUGACAUAUGCUAUCCAUGUAGAGAUUACUGUAGCAUGCAGUUUGUAAAUGUCAUGAUCCUCCUUGUAAAGCUGUGUCCAGGCCAAGAUCAAAAUAUUUAACUACUCUUUAGGUUGAGGAGUUAGCUCCUGUUAUUUUUCUGAAUUUGAGAAUAGCAAACUUUUUUUGUUACUUCUUGUUGUAAAAAAGUCAUGAAAAAUUUUUGUCGUUGCUUUUAUAUUCCCUACCCAAUUUAGCUUCAUGGUAAGUUUGUUCUUGCA